AUGUACAUGCCAGAGCAUAUAUCUGGAACUGGAGACGCAUUGUCGCACACUGGAAUGGAGGUAAAGCAGCAGAUAGUCAGUGAUUCUCCGGAAAAUGCUCGAAGAACAGUUUCAGGCGCAGUUUUCAUCAACUGGCCGUGCGAUUGAACCAGGACACGACCCACGUCUCUUUGUAAGCAUGGGCACAGUAUCCAUGAGAAGCUACAACUGUAUUUUCAGAUUCCGGAGGAGGCGAUGACCGCGCUUUACGAGUCGGAUGACUACCUCGCAUUUGUGGAUCAAAUGACAGAGGUUUGAUAGACAAAUUACUAAAAUUCGGUAUUCUUUCAGCACUAUCAAACCGAUAUUGAUGCGCACUGCGAAGUGGAUCCGAUUCGUCAGAUCAAAACCGUUCGAACUCAUCUGAGUGAGUAUCAAUAAGACGCGAAAAACGAGCGAGAAAUCUUAUUUCAGAAGACAUCGGAGGCACGCUUGACCGCCUGCUCGACGAAAAUAUCAAGAGGGACCGCCGCGAGCAGGUAGCUCAAAACUUUGCAAAACGGAGAACGUUGGGGUGUGUAUGCGGAGGACUGAUUGACCGCGGUCUUAGGAAAACACAUGGCAAUGACGGGAGACUCUUGUUUUUCUCAUUCUAUUUGCAUUUGAUUGCUUUCGGAAAGUUGUGUUUCUCAAUCCAUUUGGAUUGAAUCAUAUGUUCUGGGAAUGAGAAUUCAAGGUUUCGGUCCCUCAGGUCUUGUCAAGAAUCAAAGAGAUCACUGAUCACAGUCAGUACAAACCUGCUGGAUGUAGUCUUGAUUGUAGCCUAUUCGCGCACACAUCAUACAUCACUCAUUGGCCGUCCGUCGCACACCAACGGUCACUAGAUCUCGCGAGAGUGGUGCAGUCUGUGCACUCAUCAUCGAUUUUUCAUUGUUUCAGUACAUGUGGGCCGGACUGGCGGGACUGGCCGUCGUCACGCUCUUUUCCUUGUUCCGCAAGUGA